GGAGUUUGAUACGGUGAUUAGGAUAUAACCAAAGUGGCAUGCUGAAUUCGCCAUAAUCAAGGAACCUUUUUCCGGGUGGGGAACCUCAGGAAUUACUCAGUGAGCAACCCUAAUUAACCUGAUUUUUUGGUGAUAAUCACUCUCAAUGGAAUCAAAUCACAAAUCCGGGGAUGGAUUGAGCGGCACCCAGAAGGAAGCAGCCCUCCGCGCACUGGUCCAGCGCACAGGAUAUAGCUUGGUCCAGGAAAAUGGACAAAGAAAAUAUGGUGGUCCUCCACCAGGCUGGGAUGCUGCACCCCCAGAAAGGGGCUGUGAGAUUUUUAUUGGAAAACUUCCCCGGGACCUUUUUGAGGAUGAACUCAUUCCAUUGUGUGAAAAAAUUGGUAAAAUUUAUGAAAUGAGAAUGAUGAUGGAUUUUAAUGGCAACAAUAGAGGCUAUGCAUUUGUAACAUUCUCAAAUAAGCAGGAAGCCAAGAAUGCAAUCAAGCAACUUAAUAAUUAUGAAAUUAGGAAAGGGCGUCUCCUGGGAGUCUGUGCUAGCGUGGACAAUUGCCGACUGUUUGUGGGAGGAAUCCCCAAAACCAAAAAGAGGGAAGAAAUCUUAUCAGAGAUGAAAAAGGUCACAGAAGGAGUUGUUGAUGUCAUCGUCUACCCAAGCGCCGCAGAUAAAACCAAAAACCGGGGAUUCGCCUUUGUGGAAUAUGAGAGUCACCGUGCAGCCGCCAUGGCUAGGAGGAGGCUGCUGCCGGGAAGAAUUCAGCUGUGGGGACAUCCUAUUGCAGUAGACUGGGCAGAGCCAGAAGUCGAAGUUGAUGAAGACACAAUGUCUUCAGUGAAAAUCCUGUACGUAAGGAACCUUAUGCUGUCUACCUCGGAAGAGAUGAUUGAGAAAGAAUUCAACAGUAUUAAGCCAGGAGCUGUGGAGCGAGUGAAGAAGAUCCGGGACUACGCUUUCGUGCAUUUCAGUACCCGAGAAGAUGCAGUCGAAGCUAUGAAAGCUUUAAAUGGCAAGGUGCUGGAUGGUUCCCCGAUUGAGGUGACCUUGGCCAAGCCGGUGGACAAGGACAGUUAUGUUAGGUACACCCGGGGCACAGGUGGCAGGAACACCAUGCUGCAAGGUGAAUACACCUACCCUCUGGGCCAUGUUUACGACCCCACCACAGCCUACCUUGGAGCUCCUGUCUUCUAUACCCCCCAAGCCUAUGCAGCCAUUCCAAGUCUUCAUUUCCCAGCAACCAAAGGACAGCUCAGCAACAGGGCCCUCCUCCGGGCCCCUUCUGUCAGAGAAAUUUACAUGAAUGUCCCUGUAGGGGCUGCGGGAGUGAGAGGACUGGGCGGCCGUGGGUAUUUGGCAUACACAGGCCUGGGCCGUGGAUACCAGGUCAAAGCAGACAAGCGAGAAGCCAAACUCUAUGACCUUCUGCCUGGGAUGGAACUCACCCCAAUGAAUCCUGUCUCUCUAAAACCGCAAGGGAUUAAACUUGCUCCUCAGAUACUAGAAGACAUCUGUCAGAAAAAUAACUGGGGACAGCCAGUGUACCAACUGCAUUCUGCCAUUGGACAAGACCAAAGACAAUUAUUCCUAUACAAAGUAACUAUCCCAGCACUGGCCAGCCAGAAUCCUGCAAUCCACCCGUUCACACCUCCGAAGCUAAGUGCGUACGUGGAUGAAGCAAAGACGUAUGCCGCAGAGCACACGCUACAGACCUUAGGCAUCCCCACAGAAGGAGGGGACGCCGCGACUACAGCAGCCACAGCAGCCUCCGCCACUGUGUUCCCAGGAUAUGCUGUCCCCGGUGCCGCUGCCCCUGUGUCUGCAGCUCAACUCAAGCAAGCAGUGACACUUGGACAAGACUUAGCGGCAUAUACAGCCUAUGAGGUCUACCCUACUUUUGCAGUGACUACCCGAGGAGACGCGUAUGGAGCCUUCUGAAGAUUCCUUUCCUCUAAGAAUAAGACUCCCAGAAUGCUCGGUAGAUGAUACGAAUCUCGAACCAGAUCCCUGUGGUCAUAAGUCAUAACUUCCCCAAAGCAAUGCCUUUCCUGAGGCGACAUGACUUACUGUGUUACUCGUGAAAUGUGAAUCUUAUUCCUCAACAAAAUCAAAUCUAAGGAGCCUUUUGCUUAAAAGAAAUAUGAAGAGCCACUAACAGCAAAAGUUAUUCUUCCAAAGAUCCUGAGUGUCUCGGGAAGGUGAUAAAAACCCUAACAAAUUAGUGUAAGCUCUCUUAGUACCAGGAACUGGGGCCCAGGAUGAGCUAGGCAGUCAGCAGCAAGGCGUAGACAGGAAAACUCGUGUCUCAGUCACUGGCUCAGAGCUGAAGCAGCACUCAUGAAAUCAAGAGACCAUAGGAAAGCAGGAGGCUUUGUAAGAGGUAUUCACCAUCGCCUACGGGGUAAGCCCAGGCCUAAGCUCAUGAAAACUGGCUGAAAUGGUGUAGAUUUCACUAUCACUUUUGGUCUAGAAAUUCUCUCCCCUCAAUAUGUCAAAGAUCAGCAUCUUCCUAUACCUGCAGCCUCCGGGACUUCCUAGAAAUCAAUAUGAUGUGUUUCAGAUAUGCUUGAGACAAUCUAAGCCCUGUAUUUAUUCAACACCGUAAACCACCCUUUUGCUUCAAAAUCCCUGCCCUGCCCAAGGCUGCUCGAACCAUAGAAGCUGUGCCAACACCAAGCACUACAGUGAAAAACGACUUUUUCUCAUCUGGAAAUCCUUACUUGUCCAUCCUGUUUUCUGUGAUCCCAGACUCACUUUGCUAAACUCAAACACUGGUAAAGUAAAUCAGAUCUACGUGAUACACUAUGAUAUUUUUAUCAUCAGAAACUGGCCAAAAAGUCCUUUCAAAGACAAAAGGGAACUUGGUUUGCUUUCCUCACUCUGUAGCCCAGGCUGACCUUAAAUUUGUGAGCCUCCUUUCUCUCCCAUCCCUGUGCUGAGAGAGUUGAUGCACAACACCACACCCAGCUCCAGACAGUUAUAUUAACUUGAGGUUAACGUCGAAUUCUCUACCUAGUUCAUAUUAAAUCCACCAAGCAACAGUGUCCUUCCAUCCUUUUGAUCUUCUUUCAAUAUGUGCAGAACAGCUGGGGAAGAGAGGAGAGAGAG